UAGUUAGAAAGAAAAAAAAUCAUAAUCAGCGUAUAACCUUGUAUAACGCCGUGUAUGGCAUGACACAUGAUGCAUGUCCUUCAUGUGGCAGGGAGCCAGGGACACCUGCUGCCAUAGACAUCAUGAUUUUUUGAUAUUUUUGCGGGGAGCCACACACAACAUUUGACCAAGACGACACUGAAGACAGCAACGUCGACGACGAAGGCUGCUUGAUAAACUAGCAGGCACGAGCAACACAAGCCAAUGCAGUGACCAGACCGAACGCUGGUAAGCAGACAAAGCUCCUGGCUCCUUCUUCCUCCUCCAUGGAAGCCAGCAACUGCUCCAUUGCUCUGGAAACUACAGGCCAUGCCGCUGCACAUGGCACAAGCGCGCCCGCUCUGCUCCUCUUGUCUUCUGUGGCUGCGAUUGGCGCGUUUCUGGUCUACUUCUACGCGCCAUUCUGGGCCGUCAGGAGGGUCCCGGGGCCUCCCACCAGGUUCCCCCUCGGCCAUCUCCAUCUUCUCGCCAACGACGGACCAGACGUCUUCCGCGCCAUCGCUAAGGAGCACGGCCCCAUCUUCCGGUUUCACAUGGGGAGGCAGCCGCUGGUGAUCGUGGCGAAUGCGGAGCUGUGCAAGGAGGUGGGCAUCAAGAAGUUCAAGGACAUCCGUAACCGGAGCACCCCGCCGCCGACGGUGGGGUCGCUGCACCAGGACGCGCUCUUCCUCACCAGGGACUCCACGUGGUCCUCCAUGAGGAACACGGUCAUCCCGCUCUACCAGCCGGCACGGCUCGCCUGCCUCGUCCCGACGAUGCAGCCCUACGUCGACGCGCUGGUGGACAGUGUCGCCGCCUGCCCGGACCAGGACUGCGUCCCCUUCUGCCAGCUCUCGCUGCGCAUGGCCAUCGACAUCAUCGGCAAGACGGCCUUCGGCAUCGACUUCGGCCUCUGCAAGAAGGUCGCCGCCGCGGACGGCGGCGAAGACGUGAGGGGGUUCUUGGAGGAGUACAAGAGGUCUAUGGAAUUCAUCAAGAUGGACCUGUCCAGCUCGCUGUCCACCAUCCUCGGGCUCUUCCUCCCGUGCGCCCAGACGCCGUGCAAGCGCCUGCUGCGGCGGGUGCCCGGCACCGCGGACUACAAGAUGGAGGAGAACGAGCGCCUGCUGUGCCGCCGCAUCGACGCCAUCAUCGCCGGCCGGCGCAGGGACCGCGAGAACAGCGCCUCCGAGCCGGGCGCCGCGCUGGACUUCAUCGCGGCGCUGCUGGACGCAAGAGAGAGCGGCGCCAGGGACCUGGCGCUGGAGGACAAGCACGUGCGCGCGCUGGCGUACGAGCACCUGAUCGCCGGGACCAAGACGACGGCGUUCACGGUGUCGUCGGUGCUGUACCUGGUGUCGUGCCACCCGCGCGUGGAGGAGAAACUGCUGGCGGAGGUGGACGCGUUCGACGGCGCGGCCCCCGACGCCGACGACCUCCAGGGCAGGUUCCCGUACCUCGACCUGGUGGUCAAGGAGGCCAUGAGGUUCCACCUGGUGUCGCCGCUGAUCGCCAGGGAGACCUCCGAGGAGGUGGAGAUCGCCGGGUACCAGCUCCCGAAGGGCACGUACGUGUGGCUGGCGCCGGGUGUGCUGGCCCGCGACGCGCGGCAGUUCCCGGAGCCGGAGGAGUUCCGGCCAGAGCGGUUCGCGCCGGAGGGGGAGGAGGAACGGGGGCGGCACCCUUACGCGCACAUCCCCUUCGGCAUCGGGCCGAGGGCGUGCGUGGGUCACAGGUUCGCGCUGCAGCAGGUGAAGCUCGCCGUGGUGCACCUGUACCGACGGUACGUCUUCCGCCACUCGCCGGCCAUGGAGUCGCCCAUCCAGUUCGACUUCGACCUCGUCCUCGGCUUCCGCCACGGCGUCAAGCUCAGAGCCAUCAGGAGGACGACGAGGGACUGAUUGACAUGCCCCAAUCACAAGCAUGAGCAUGAAACGACAGCUUGAGCUGAAUUUACAUCAUGUAUAGAUUGGUGGCCACAGGUUAAGCUGCUGAUAUUCUGAUUAACUAGUAGUUAUUAGAAAAAAGUCAUGAGCCCGAAUAAAUUCAUCAGGCAGAGCGAGAGACAACAUAAAGCACGAGUCUUAACCGCCAUCCAUAAGAAGAUGAGAAACCUAGAGUCUCAUACAUGACGCGCGAGCCAAACCCAUGGCACUACCAACAAAAACCGCAACACGGACAGCCUGCCUCCAAGCCUACCGUCACUCCGAGAUUAGACAUGAGGCUCCUGCCGCAAAAUGGAAGAAGCUGAGGCCCGAAUCUUAGACAGCAGCAGGUUGAAGUUGUGUCUGUCUUCAAGCUUAGUCAAUAAUCUCCACUACUGCAGGAACAAGCAAGCUUUAAAUAAGCAA